UGGGAUAAACUAACUGUCUUAGCAUCCUUUAGUUGUGUGAUUAGGUAGCAUGAUGGUCAACAAGCAGAUGAUUGCCUUAGCAUCUUUUGGUUGCAUCAUCCUCUGAUUGUAUCAUCCUCUGGUUACAUCAUCCUCUAGAUGGAAGACGUACCAAUGCAAGCUUAUGUGAGGAUGAUGUGAUCAACUCACCCUUAACUUCUAAUAGGCCCUCACAAAUUGAUGGUGAGUACAUGUUGACCAAUCCAAGCUUGAAGACAAAAUGAUUGAAUCUUUGUGGAUAUAAGGCCUUAGUAGAAAAAUCUACAAGUCGAUCAUGGUUUGGGACAGGACAAAAUGGUUGCAUCUUUGCCAAUACUUAUGUGCUGGUUCAAAAGCAUUUGGAAAGGAUGAAGAACUAUAAAGAAACUCACUCUUGUUUUUACCCAGCAUGACUCUGGUUCAAGAAGUUGUCAACAACAAAAAAAAAAGUCCAAACAAGAAUGCAAAGAAAGUGAAAAAUAUUGAUAUUAGAAGAAGCAUUAUUAUUGGUUGCUGCAAAGUUAAGCUUUGAAGAUUUUUGAGUUCAACUUCAAAAGAUUCAAUUUUUAAUGAGUGUUCAUAUGACAUCAUCAGGUGAAGUUUUUGAGAAGAUGGAGAAAGAAGAAAAUGGAAACCAUGGUGAUGAUGUGCAUGAUAUAGAAAACAACGGUCGAUUUGAUGGGAACGAUGAGGAAAUUGGAAGGUAUUGGUCAGAGUUUUCUGAAAGGAAUAUGACAUAUGAAGAGCCACUUCUUGCGAAGAGGAUUAACACUACUUCUCAAAUUGCCAUAGUUGGUUCCAACCUUUGCCCUAUUGAAAGCCUUGACUAUGAGAUUUUUGAUAAUGAAAUAUUUAACCAGGACUGGAGGUCCAGGAAGAAAGUUCAGAUAUUCCAAUAUAUAGUACUUAAAUGGGGAUUUGCUCUUCUUAUUGGAUUAGGAACUGGAUUGGUUGGUCUCUUCAAUAAUAUUGCUGUUGAGAACAUAGCUGGUUUCAAGCUGCUUCUUACAACCAAUCUCAUGUCUAAACAAAGAUAUUUUGAAGCUUUUCUAGUAUAUGCUGGUCUCAAUAUGGUUUUAGCAGCGGCGGCCGGAGCACUGUGUGCUUACAUUGCUCCAGCAGCAGCUGGCUCUGGCAUUCCGGAGGUUAAAGCGUAUCUCAAUGGCAUCGAUGCUCACUCUAUACUAGCUCCAACCACCCUUUUUGUAAAGAUUGUUGGUUCCAUCCUUGGAGUGUCUGCUGGAUUAGUGGUAGGAAAAGAAGGACCUAUGGUUCAUACAGGUGCAUGCAUAGCUUCUAUUUUGGGGCAGGGAGGAUCUCGAAAGUAUGGUUUGACUAGCAGUUGGCUUAGGUAUUUCAAAAAUGACCGAGACCGGCGAGACAUGAUUACUUGUGGUGCAGCUGCCGGUGUUGCUGCCGCCUUUCGAUCUCCAGUAGGUGGUAUCCUCUUUGCCCUUGAAGAAGCAGCUUCUUGGUGGAGGAGCGCUCUACUUUGGAGGACAUUUUUUACAACAGCAGUAGUUGCUAUUGUUCUAAAAGCUGGAAUUCAGUUUUGUUCAACAGGAAAAUGUGGACUAUUUGGAGAAGGUGGUUUGAUAUUGUAUGAUGUUAGUUCAGCACAGGUAACAUAUAGUGGUGGUGACAUAGUUGCAGUAAUAGUCUUGGGAACUGUUGCUGGUAUUCUUGGAAGCAUAUAUAACUGCCUCGUCGAUAAGGUCGUGCGUACGUAUAGCAUCAUCAACGAAAAAGGACCAGCUUUCAAAAUUUAUCUUGUUGUUGCAAUCUCUCUUUUGACAUCAUGCUGUUAUUAUUUCUUACCAUGGAUUGCAAACUGUAUUCCAUGUCCUACCGAUCCGACGGUGACCUGUCCUUCUGUUGAUGAGUCAGGAGAAUACAAAAUCUUUCAAUGUCCGCCGGGCUACUACAACGAUCUCGCUUCGCUCUUUCUAAACACCAACGACGAUGCUAUUCGCAAUCUAUUCAGUCCGAAGAUAAACAAAGAGUUUCAUAUUUCAAGUUUGUUUAUAUUCUUUGCUGCUGUUUACUUUCUUGGUAUAAUCACUUAUGGUAUUGCUGUUCCAUCCGGACUUUUCAUCCCUGUGAUACUUGCCGGGGCUGCAUACGGCCGUGUUCUCGGAAGACUCUUUGAACCGAUCACCAAACUCGACAGAGGACUCUUUUCUCUCCUAGGAGCCGCCUCCUUCCUCGGUGGCACAAUGAGAAUGACAGUAUCACUUUGUGUUAUAUUACUUGAGCUCACUAAUGAUCUCUUGUUACUUCCACUUGUGAUGUUGGUCUUAUUAAUCUCAAAAUCGGUGGCUGAUUGUUUCAACAAAGGUGUUUAUGAUCAAAUAUUGAAGAUCAAAGGUCUUCCUUAUUUGGAAGCCUACGCCGAACCUUACAUGAGGAAUAUAGCUACGCGCGAUGUUGUCUCAGGUCCAUUAAUGACCUUUUCUGGAAUCGAAAAGGUCGGAAAUAUUUUACAUGUUUUGAAUACUACAAGGCACAACGGGUUUCCUGUCAUUGAUGAACCUCCUUUCUCGGAAACACCGGAGUUGUGUGGACUUGUACUGAGGUCUUAUUUACUAGUUUUACUUAAGGCGAAGAACUUUACUCGAGAGAGGACUUUCGCGAAUCCGAGUAUCUUGGAAAAAGUUUCUUCGUUGGAUUUUGGAAAGGCGGGAUCUGGAAAAGGAGUCAAACUUGAGGAUUUAGAUAUCCAAGAUGAAGAUUUGGAUAUGUAUGUUGAUCUCCAUCCGAUAGCUAAUACAUCGCCUCACACUGUCGUUGAGACGAUGUCACUUGCCAAAGCUGCUAUUAUUUUCCGCCAACAUGGGCUCAGACACAUGUGUGUUGUUCCGAAGAGCCAAGGGAGACCUCCAAUUGUUGGGAUCCUAACGCGCCAUGAUUUCAUGCCUGAGCAUGUUUUGGGACUAUAUCCUGAUAUCAAGCAUCACAAAUGGCACUAAGGAAGUAAUCACAAUGAAAAAGCUAUUCUUUCUCAUUAGUUCUUCACAGAAACACUUGAAGCAAAAUAUGUUGCUAAAAGAUGCAUUUGUUGCAUAGUUUUGAUUUGAUAUAGCAACCCUGUAACUUAUGGAUUGUUAAUAUCUUUUUUUUUUAUGCAGUAAACUUGAUGCUUUUGAAACAUAGGUAUAAGUCAACACCAAUAAGUGUUGUUGUACAUGGUCAAUAAAAUUUCUUGUUCAUGUCGCU